GGCGGGGCCGGGGCUGCCCUGGCCUCCGGGCCCCGCGUUGGGCACAGGCGGGGAUGGCGGCGGGCGGAGCCCCCAGCAGCCCUGAGCCCUCCAUGUACAGACACAGACCCGCCUCCGAGCGGACUCAGGACAUUUCCCAUUUGUUGACUAGCGUCUUUAAGAGCACGUAUACUGCAGAUGUUAUCGGGAUGGACACUGGAACAAAUCUGAUCAAGUCCCGUGGAGGAGACAAUCUCUAUCAUGAGAAGUUUGUGGAGGAGCUGCAAAAGAUUCAUACUGAAUAUAACCAUCGACUGACAGAAGUUGACAUGGUAGAAAAGCACAUCAUUCAGGCAAGAGCUCGAGCAACAGCAGCAGAAGAAAGGGCUCUGAACAUGUUGAAGGUAGAUGUUGGGGAGGACUUCCACAACAUUGGAUUGCCACCAGUGAAGUCCUCCUUCAGAUGGUGUGUGGAUAAUGACCUUCUCAAAAAACAUAAUUUAAUCUGCCCUGAAGAUUACAUCACUGAUAGAAUACCCAUUACCAAAGCACCUAAAGGAAAUAAAGAGCCUGACUAUAUCAAGGAAACGUUUAGUUUUAAACAACACAUUUCUGCAAGUCCAAGGGAUCAGAAACAUACAGAAAUCCCACACUUGAGGAAAACAUUAGAUAGUCUGCCAGAUGUAUCUUUAUCCACCUUAACGCUGUCUUCAACUCCUGAGCCUAGACAUCAGACUAAGAAACCAUCAAGUAAGAAAUCUAGUUCCUCUCACAAAUCAGCCUGGAAAGAUAAUAUGUACAAAGCGGAUAGAGAACAAGACCGCAUUUACCUUGCCAGACUUGAGAACCGACACAAUUACCUGAAGAAUCCACGCUUUUUCCCACCAAAUACUCUUAAUGGAGGAAAAUCUCUUAUUUUUCAUCAGAAGAAGGUAGAUCGAAUGAUAACAGGAAGAAAAGUGGCAUUUGAUGUAAGUGAUCCUCAAUCUGUUCCUGUAUUUCUAGCUAUCCCGCCUGCUGUUUUGUUUUCUGAGUAUGAAGUUGGUCAGGUUUAUGAGAUGACUAUAGAGCUGCAGAACAUGACUUCAGUGUGUCGCCAUGUAAGAGUCAUCCCUCCAUCUACUUCAGCCUUUGCCAUUGGACUGGGAAAAUUUCCAGGAGAGGGUGGAAUUGUCGCUCCUGGGAUGACCUGCCAGUACACCAUUCAGUUUAUUCCUGAAUAUUUAGCUGAUUAUGAAGAUUAUAUUCUAGUGGAAACGCAAGCACCAUACUCUCUCCUAAUCCCUAUAGAAGCUAGGAGACCACCUCCUGUAUUAACAUUGCCUCGCAUCAUCGAUUGUGGUUCCUGCCUUGUGGGAGGAGUAAAAAUGACAGAAUUGGUGUGCAGAAAUGAAGGGUCCAGUAAUGGAAAGUUCUGUAUAAUGCCAAAGAAAGUAUGGCCACCUCCUAAUUUCAGGGCUGUUGCAACUAUUGGUUUUGUGGAGCAAGGUCCAUUUGGGAUCCGACCUGCUGUUUUUGAGCUAGGUCCAGAUCAAGCUAUGCUAUUAGAGGUAGUGUUUUCCCCAUCUUCUCCUGAAAACCUGAAGCAAACAUUCACUAUUGUUUGUGAUAAUUGCCAGAUCAAUGACAUCACAGUUACAGGAAGUGGACAGCUGAUAGCUUUAGAGCUUUUAUCUGUCACUGGUGGAGAAAGCCACCCAGCCCGUGGUGAGCCUACAGACAUAGCAGCACAGCACCUCAUACGUUUUGACCCCCAAAAUCCACAUGCCACAACAGAGAAGAAACUCCUUAUAAGAAAUUCUACUCAUGUGGAACUUCCUUUCUACUGGCAGAUAAUGAAGCCUAAUCUGCAACCAUUAAUGCCUGAAGAAACUGGGGACCUUGCAAAGGUCAAGUACCACCUAGAUGUAGAAUCAGCUUUCUCUCUAAAUCCUAACCUGGGAAUUCUGCAGCCCCACACUGAUCACGAGUUUAUUCUCACUUAUGCUCCACAGGAGCUGAAAGAUUAUCACAGUGUGAUUCAAAUUGUACUGAGGGACAUCCCAGAGCCACCUAGCUCAGAAAAGCAGGUGAUGCUAGGAAAUUCAGAAUCCAAAACAGAUGAUGUGAUUGCACUGGAAAUAGAAGUUAAAGGUUCAACAGAACCAUUUCAGCUCCUUUUGGAACCAUAUGUCAUUAUCAUCCCCGGAGAAAACUUUAUUGGCGUAAAUGUAAAAAAAGCAUUUAAGAUGUGGAAUAACAGCAAAUCAUCCAUCAAAUAUACAUGGGGAAAAAUCAGUGUACGUGAUAUAGUUGAAGUUGAACCUCAUACUGGAGUGUUAGACGCUAGUGAAUUCUGUGAAUUUGAAUUGAAUUUUACUGGAGGCAAACCUGGAUAUGCCAGCCAUAACCUGCACUGUAAAAUCGAACACUCUGUGGAGCCAGUUGUGCUGCAUGUGGAAGCUGCUUUUAAGGGUCCAGCUCUCUCUAUCGAUGUUCCAUCACUCCAUUUAGGUUUGAUUAAAUUGGGACAAAAUGUGUUAAGUACCUUUGAGAUUCGAAACCUAAGUCAAUUGCCAGCAUGGUGGAGAAUGCAAGAAAGUCAAGCUUGCUUAGCUGAAAGGAACGAAGAUGCAUCCCCAUUCACGAUUCAGCCAUCUGAUGGAGAAUUACCUCCUUUGGGCAAAUGCAGUGUGUCAGUUCUGUUCAGGUCCUUGCUAUGUCAACGUCUCCAGACAGUAUUAGAGCUAGAUGUCGAAAAUGGAGAAGGAAGUCAUCUUCCUGUUUUUGUUGAAGUUCAGACCCCCCAAGCAUGUCUGAUGUCUAGUCACUUGGUGUUCAGUGAAAUUUAUAUUGGAGUUCCAGCACAAGCAACCGUCAAACUCUUUAACCAGACACUGCUGCCAGCAAAAUACUUUUGGAAAGAGCUUAUCGGAAGUCAGUCAGCUUUCUGCUCUGCCACUGUCUCCCCAACAAGUGGCACUUUGGGCCCACAUGAAGAAAAAGAAUUGUGUAUAGAGCUAACAGCUAAUAUUAUGGAUGAGCUGAAUGACCUUACCCUCUGCUGUAGCAUAGAAGAUAUGAUUGAACCUCUUUUACUGGGCAUUUCUGGCCAAGUAAAGGGACUACAUGUCACAUACUCGAUACCUUGUGACAGUAAAGUUACCAGUGAUGAGAAGCAAAUGUUACAAAGUCCUCAAGAUCUUCUGUUGGACUUUGGAUCUGAAGUUGCAUUGAAGAGCAUAGUAACACGCCAGCUAAUACUUACCAAUCAUACUGGAAUCGAUGCUCCAUUCACACUAGAAGCUGAAUAUUUCAGUAGCUGUCCAGUUACCUCAGAGGAACAAGGAAACAAUCUCUCCACGGCCAGCCUGGUGAAAAGAACAGCACAAAUCAGAAGAUAUGCAGCCAAGAAAGUACAAUCAGCAUUUGUGCUGGCAUUACUGUCUCAUGGGAGAGGAGUGGCUUUCCAUGCCCAACCUUCCACAGGAACUCUGAAAGCCUUCCAGCAACUAAUUAUAGAAAUAACAGCUUAUAACAACAUGUGGGGAGAGUACCAUGAUGAUCUCAUCUGUAGGGUGGGAGACUUACAGCCUACAUUAAUUCCUAUGCAAAUGACUGUGAAAGGUUGCCCAAUCUUCUUGCAGAUGACAGGACCUCAGACUGAACAUCAAACAAAGAUACCAAUAAUCAGGUUUGGUGCUCAUGUCUCUGGUGGGGAUACGGUCUCCCGCUGCAUCAGACUCAACAAUCCCACUCCUUAUGACAUCCGCAUGGACUGGAAAACUUACAAUCAAGAAAAAGAUAAUGAGAAGCUGGUGGACCUCUUGCUGUUUUAUGGCCCUCAUUUUCCUAUUAAGGACGUAGAUGAGAAUGAGAUUGAGUCAAAUGCUAGCACCUCAGAGACUGAAAUCCUGUUACACUGGGAUAAAAUCCCUAGCAGCCCAGACACCAUUUCUCCAGGUUCCCUGGUGACAGAUGAUGAGUCAGAUGUAAACAAGGAAGAGGAAGGAAGAAGUGAUUCUGAAGUCUGGAGACCAGUAAAUAAUCAAAAGAAAAUAAUCUCUGUACUUAUACAAGCUCAUGAAGGGUUUCCUUCCAACUAUCCCUACUGUAUAACUCCUACACAAAUCGUUGUUCCUGCAGGUAGCAGUGCCUCCAUCCAUAUUUCCUUCACUCCACUCACGUUACCCAAGCUCAUUAACAAAACUGAAUGUGAGGGGUAUGCAUUGGGUUUCAUGAGUCUAGACAGCAAGCUUGCACAAGGGAUACCUGGCAAGGUGACUCGUUCAGACGGCUAUGGAGUUGCACCUUUGAGAAUGGACUUGCAAGCUUUUGUAAAGCCUGCUCUGUUAACUGUAGAAAUGGAUCAUGAUGGAGGAAUGGUGUUUCAUUCCAGGGCAAGUGAUCUAAUACCUAAUCAACCCCUUUCUGGAGUUUUGACAGAAUCAGUCAUUACUCACAACCUGAAACUCACCAACUCCACAGAGGCUCCUCUGCACUUCAGGAUCCUUCUAUCUGUGCCCUUCGCUGUAUCCAGUAUCGACCCCAACAGGAGCCUGAAAACAUCCCACCGCGACAGGGAGGAGCAAGGGAAGCAACUUCUGCUUCAUCCACAGCAAAACAUGCUGGUGAAAGUGUCAUUUCACACAACUCUGGAGUUACUUACAUAUCAGAAUCUGCCAGCUGACCAGCUGCUCUCGGGAAUCAAAGUGCUCCAGUUUGAGAAUGGAGACAGGAAAGUGGAAUUCAGUCAAAAUCUGGUUAUUGAAUACAGUAACAGAACGACCCAGCUCGUGCCAGUGACUGCAUACCUUACUGUCCCACUACUAGAGCUCUCUUGUGAGACAGUUGAUUUUGAGACCUGCUUUGUAAACCAAACUAGGACAGAAGAUGUCUUUCUGUUAAACAGGAGCAGAUGCAGAAGUUACUGGACUGCUUUACUGGACCAACAGGAACAGCAUAACAACAUGGAAGUGUUUGCCAUCUGCCCCACUCAUGGAAUUCUUGAGGCACAUGAAGCUAGCUUACCCACCAAAGCAACUUUAAAAAUCAGUUUUACUGCAAGGAGUAACGUGGAAUAUGAAACUACAGUGACUGUUUUUGGAAUGCUUGGAGAAAAGCCCUGCAAACUACAGAUCAGAGGCAGAGGAUCUUACGAUGAGAAAUAUGAAGAUCUCCGCUUAGUAUAAGAGAGACAGUAUAGAUUAGGUGUCAAGGUAAUGAGUCACAUUCUUGGCUAUUGAAGUCACUGGAAGUUACAUAUGUAUACUGAAUGGCACUAUUUAAACUACAUUGCCUAUAUUUUCUUGUACUUGAGAUUUAAAUAAAAAUUGUAGUUUUAAAAUAAAUUCCAAGUACUGUAUAAUAAAGAAUUUUACUAAACUAAGAUAAUUGUCUACUGGACAAAUCCCAUUCAACAGGUGUUGAAUCAAAGUAGUAUGUGUUGAGUUCUAUAGUUACCUUUUAUUGGCAUAUGCCCAUGGAUACUUCCAAGGUAUCUGUUUCUACAAAGCAGGGCAAUUUUAAAAGAACUGUUGAGGCUCCUGUCACAGUUUAGUUUGCUCCUUGGUUUAAAAGUAAGUCAGCUGUUAAUUCCACGUUAUAAUAAUUAGGUACAAACUAGAGAGUCAGAAACAGCGAACAAGACCAUCAUUCUGACUGCCUCGGUUUCUUUCAGUGCCUUGUAAUAUGAAAAUCAAUGGGAGCUGGGUAUCUAUAUCCCUUAGGCACCUUUAAAAAAUACCAACCUAAAUGUUUAAUUAGUAAGUGUCUGGGAGUUGGUCAUGGCCCCCGACCCCUGCAACUACAGAAGGGGGAUUCCAUCCCACUUCAUUUUCUUACCCUCCCUUGGUUCCCACCUACUCAUACUUUCCUGUUUACAGGAAUAUCAAUAAAACUGAAAGUCAGUCUGAUAUUCCCAUUUCUGAGAACACAACAGUUUCCCAACCCUCAUCCUGCAACAAAAGUAUUUUGCAGGCAGUUGUGGGGAAUCUUUGUUGGCAAAGAGCAGAAAUAGAAGUAGUUUUAGCAAGCAUCAGACAGAUUUGUUCAACCAAUCAGAAUCCCAUUUAUCCAUAAAAGCCUGGGCCAGAAUUUUCAAAAGUGGGCAUGCAAAGUGAGGCAUCUCAUAGACUUCAAGGCCAGAAGGGAUGACUGCGAUCAUCUAGUCUGACCUCCUGCAUAUCACAGGCCACAGAACCUCACCCACUCCCUACUGUAAUAGACCCAUAACCCUCUGGCUGAGCUACUGAAGUCCUCAACUAAUGAGUUAAAGACGUCAAGUUAUGGAGAAGCCACCAUUUACUCUAGUUUAAACCAGAAAGUGGCCCCUUCCCUAUGCUGCAGAAGAAGGUGAAAACCCCUCCCCACCCAGGGUCUCUGCCAAUCUGACCUGGAAGAAAAUUCCUUCCUGACCCAAAAUAUGGCGAUCAGUUGAAGCAUGAGUAUGUCAGCAAGACUACCAGCCAGACACCUGGGAAAGAAUUCUCUCUGUAGUAACUCAUCUAAAUCAAAGCAGUCUAAUUUUUACAGAGAUAGGAACUGGAGGCCUCCCUGACCCUCUGAUUUCAGUGUCUCACUUUGCAGCCCCACUUCAGACUUCUGCCUUGGAACUCUAGUUGCUGCUCACAUACCAUUCGAAUAAGUGUGACUAGUUUAGUGGGCUUUUUCCCCAUUAGUAGGGAAAGAAUAUCAAAAAUUCAGCCCAUCUUUAAUGGUGGCCUUUAAUUACUGAUCCUUAUUUUUAGAAUAUAGCAAUUACAUUCAAGUACACAAUUAUGUUAAGUGCAUAACCAAGAAACAGGACACAACUUUUCAGCUUGUAUCACUGAUUUAAACAUUUCUAAAGUAAUGUCAGAUGACAAUAAGUGCAUUUUCUUUUAAAACAGUUACCACUAGGAGUUUAAAUGGUCUUUUGAAGCUAGUAACUAAAUCCAUUUAUUCAUGUCUGUAUAUCAGUGACAUCAUAGCAGAAUUCUUCACAAUCUAUCACUAACUUCUAGCAGCUAACCUUCCAGUGAUCAGCCACACCUCAUCCAUUUCCUUUCUGAGCAUCCCUUACUAUAAUAACCCUCCACCAUUCCUUCCAUAAUAACUGUCUCAAGGUUAUCUCCAACUCUACGCCUAAUGUGGCCAAA